AUGUACGUACACCGCGUGUGCGGCCCUUCACAGGCCGCCAGCGGAGUUGCGCCUCUCGGUUUCUCGCGACCAAUUUUCUCCCUUAUCUGUCGCGUGGUUCCUCCAUCCUUUUCCUCUGCUCGGUUUGCGUCGGCGUCGUGUCCUGCUCCGCCCUCUGAGGGUCCUUCCACGCGCGACCGGGGCUUCAUCACCGCGGAGCGCAAUAGGCGGGAUCGCGCGGGGGCUCUUGAGAAAGGAACUUCAGACCAUCAAUGCGCCGACUGUGUCAGACAGAAGGAACGGAUGCGCUGCUGGCCUCCGAACAGACGCCUCCUCGUUCUCCGUCGGCGUGGAGAGGCCCCCGCCGCGCUCUCUCCGGUCCUUUCCGCGUCCGCUGCAUGUUUGAAUCAGUCGCGCUGGCUGCCGUCUGGCACGUCGCGUUCGUCGUGCGUCUCUCUUGUUUCUGCUCGCUGCUUUUGGCCGUCAAUUUCUGCCUCUCAAUCGUGUUUAGUCUGUCCUUCGGUUGUCUGGGGGAAGGCGCCCUUCGUGCCCGCUGCUGCAGUGGAAAGCCGAGGUGUAUGCACAGUGGCUGGAGCUGUUUCGAGCGCACAGACACUGACGCAGCAGCUGCCGCCUCUCGCUCCAGCCCGUUCCUCUUCCUCCUCGGUUCUAGCCUCGGUUGCUUCGCGAGGUCACCUACGCCUGGCGUGUGCCUUCUACCUCAAAAGAGAUGCGCGUUCCGCACCCCUUACUCUCAAAGUGAGCGAAGAGCCGCAGUCAGCUUCAAACGCGUCAGACUCUCGCGACCGCCGAGCAGCCGCGACCCGAAGAAGCGCGCUGCCGGAUUUCGCGCAAGUUUUUUCACCCAGAGACGCAUCUUCUCCUGCUGUUUCUUCGCCUUCCUCGCUGGGCAGCAGCUCAGGGUCCGCGGACGGGCCAGGGGCGCGCCUCUCUGUGGCGGGCGAGGCCUCCAGUGCGGGCUCUCCGGCGUCUGCAGAGAAGGCUGCGGCGGCUGCGGAGAGAGCGAGUGCGCGCGGCGUGGGGCAACCCGCGCCGCGCCGGCGAUCGCCCCACGCAGGCCGUGGGCAGCCCCCUCUGGUCGCAGUCACUGAGGCCGCUUCGCAGCGCAUCCGCGCGAUCGUCGAAGAGUACAACGCGCGCAUUGACGACGCGCGGGCUGCCGCAGUCGUUGGUGACGACGACCGAGAGGAAGCGACGGCGGAAGAGGCGCGCGCAGCGAAGGCGCCGCGCGCGGUUGGAAUCCGCAUCGGCCUCGAGAAACGCGGUUGCAGUGGCCUUUCCUACACGAUCGACGUGGCGACGCAGGCGCCGGCCUUGCCUACGCCUGCGGGGCGGAGUGCUGCGUGGCUCGCUGACGAGGUGCUGGACACGCCCGGCGGAAAGCUAGUCGUCGCCAGCGACGCGGUGAUGUUUCUUGUGGGCACCGAGGUGGACUUCGUCGACACCGAGCUCGAGCGGAAAUUCGUCUUCAAAAACCCCAACGAAAAACAGUCCUGCGGAUGCGGAAAAAGCUUUAUGGCCUAA